AUGCUACUUGUUCCUUGCAGCAGUAUGAGUACUUUGACCCGGGACAUUGAAACACAAGUACGUGGCAGAUGUUACUUCAAUAAAACCUUACAGCUGAUCAGAAAAAUUAUCGUGUUUGCGUGGUUCGUGUCUUUGGUUUCAUCUCUCUUCUGGGGCCUCCGUGGUGUAGACGUCUCCGAUGUUUCCUAUCUGUAUGAUGAUUGCACUGUAAAGAAAGCCUAUGACGGAGUUGUGAUCAAAACCUUCAGGGACUCUCUCCGUGUGACCAUCGCUAACAACAAUGAAAAUGACGAUGUUGCCAUAGAAAUUAAAGGUCAAGACACAAAAGAGCCUCCGAACGUACCGAAGAAGAAGAAGUGGACAGAAAUUGAAUGUCGAGUUUCAAGCAAUGGAAAGCCUGAAUGUGGUGAAGAGAUGUCCAACACUGCAGAGAAGAAGAAUUCUGACUUACUAUUGAAAGAGUUUACGAUUAAGAAUGCCGAAGUCCUCGCUAACUGUCCUCAAGGAUUGCCAAAUAAAGAGCUCACGUUAGCCACCUGGAUCGACUUCCCACGCUGGAAUUCCACGAGGGAACAUUUCGCCGUUAUUCCAGAAGUCAACCUGACUGUUAGUUUGUCCAUAUUUGGAGAAGAGCUUUUCCUUUGUUGGGAUGGAAAACAGACGGCAGUCAACACGAGCAAGGGAGACUGCCAAGCCUUGCCAGCUCACGAGGUGCACAAGAUCACACUCGAUUACGAGUCGCAUAAGAUCAAGAGUGAUGAUGGCCGCAUUUUGAGAAGACUUAACCCCACCAAUGCAAAUAAAGAUGCCUUGAUGAAGAUGAAGACUGACGGAGGCAAGGCCUGGGCUGUGCAGAGUCUGGGAGAUUGGCGUGACCUUCAGGACCAAGACCAAAGCACCUACAAUAGAAUGGAGUGUACAAGCAACACUGAUAGAAACAUCCUGUUAGCUUUUCUUAUUCUCUUCCUUGUUACAACCAUUGCUUUGUGCUGUUACCUUCUGCGUAUAAAGAGAAACUCGUCUAAAAGUCGAUCUUAUCCUGCCUCUCAAGUGCUUGAACUGAAUACAGCGACGGAGAGCAUGACGAACGAAAACCAUGGUAGAAUAGACUAUGGAGAAGAAACCGUCAAUGAUAUAUAUGGAUAUGAUGGCUAGUCAGACUAAGUGCCGUCUUACUAUAUGCA